AUGCAACUCGCAAGCCAGGUCUUAGAUGAGCCUAAAACCGCUUCGGACUUGUCCUUUAAGGACUAUACUUCAAACGGAAGUCGCCUGUCCUGGCUGGAUAACUCUGGUCUUGGGUUCUCCUUGGAUUAUCCCACUAUAAGUUUACACGCUGUCUCCAGGGAUCUAAACGCCUACCCAUGGGAGCAUCUGUAUGUCAUGGUGAACGCCAAAUUUGAAGAAGACAAUGCAAAAGAAGCGCCCAUGGCUGAAGGGGAGGAGGAGGAAGAGGCUGAAGACAGUGAUGACGAUACUGAACCAAUUGCAGAAUUCAGAUUUGUACCCAGUGACAAGUCAGCCUUGGAAGCCAUGUUUUCUGCCAUGUGCGAGUGCCAAGCUCUGCACCCAGAUCCUGAAGAUGAAGAUUCGGACAAUGAUUACGAAGGGGAGGAGUAUGAUGUUGAGGCGCACGAGCUGGGACAAGGGGACAUCCCCAGCUUCUACACUUAUGAGGAAGGAUUGUCGCACUUGACCGCGGAAGGGCAGGCCACUCUGGAGAGGCUGGAGGGCAUGUUAGCCCAGUCCGUGAGCAGUCAGUACAACAUGGCAGGAGUGCGAACAGAGGACUCCAUAAGGGAGUUUGAAGACGGGAUGGAGGUGGAUCUAGCGCCAGCCGUCGCAGGGCAGUUUGAAGAUGCAGAAGUUGAUCACUGAGGAGUGUGGAUGCUGCUAUUCUUCUUGGGGCACUUCCAGAAUAAGCUGUAAAACUGAAGACCUUGCAGUGACUAUGGGAAGUUAAUCUUUCUUUUAAUGACCUACGCAUAGACAUCUAGAUCUAUAAAUGCUUUUAUAGAUGUUUAAAAACAGGGUUUGACAUUCAUGACCACUAUGGGUUUAUUAAAGAAAAAAAAAAAAA